AUGUCUGAUUCUGAUGAUAGUGUUACGGAAUUACAAGAGGAAUCUGAUAAAGCAGAAGUCAUCCAAUACUUUAGUACUAAUUAUGCCAAAGUUGUUUCGAAUUUUCAAUAGUACUGUGAGACAAGAAAUUAGAUGUCCUCACUAGUAAUGAAAGUGAAUGCAUUCGAAAAUAAAAUAGAUAAAGUCAAGAAAAGCAACCUCUACGAUAUACGAGAAAUUAGCAACAAAACAAACCUCAUUAUUAAUCUUACCAAGUUGUAGAACAUGUUACUAUAAAUGAAAAACAAUGUCAUCCAUGGACAGAAAGCUAUAAUGAAUAUCAAAUAGGAUAAGCAUACAGCUGCUAUAAGAGCCAUUCAGAAAUUAGACUCCAAAAACCUACCAGAUUUUGUAUCCAAUCUCUAAUAGUUGAUAACUAAUAAAGUUUAAGUUGAAGCUAAUACCAAAAUACAACAAUGGGUAGAAUUAAGCAAAUAACAACAAAUUGAUAUGGGUUAGAGUGUGAUUUAGAAUUGUGAGCAACUCCUAAUGGUUAAUUCGCAAUUUGCAAGAAUUUCCUUAUUUUAACCUGAUAUACGAUCAAGCAUAGUUAUGAGAUAAUCGACAGUAGGGAGAGUCUCUAUGGUAAGACAAUCAAUUGUAAGAUAAUCUGUGGCUCCAAGUCAGAGUAGAAUAUCAUUUUUUUAGUAAUUCAAAUAGUAGUAAACAUCAAAUUUGUAAGUAUCGCGAACAUCUUAAUUAAAUUAGUCUGUGUUGGAUCAAUCUUAAUAAAUGCUUCAUGAAUCUUUGAUUGAACCAAGUGCAUGGGAGUUUUCGAUAGAUUAUUCAUAAUUAAAAAUGCCUUAAUUGAUUUAUGAGAAUUUGAAUUAGAGACUAAGUUUCUAUUAAUAAUUGAAAUAGAGCAGAAUAAAGUUUUUAUAGUAUGUAUGUGGUACAGAAAUAAGAUAAAGUUUAAAUGAUUUCAGGAAUUAUUUGGCUUGCAUUUUGGGAUUUGUGUUGAUGGAUUUGGAACUGAAUAAAUCAUUCAAGGAUUAUGAGGAAAUGAAUUAAGUCGUAUUGGAGAAUGUUAAAUUGAUAGAGAAAUAAAUAAAGAACUCGUUUAUUAAUUUUGAUCUAAGGGAUUUGUUAUAAGUAAAGAAGGAGAUUUAGUUGUUCAGUGUAGCUCUAGCCAAAUUGCAUCAAUAUUAAUUGUCCAAUUAAAUCAAUAAGUGUUUGAAUGAUCAAUUUUUAGUCUAUUCUAAUAGAAGAAUUGAAGAGAUCAAGAAGACCCUAAUUAAAUCCAUCUAAACCGAUAGCGGAGUGUUUUUGGUUUUGUAGAAUAAGGAAUAAUUUGAUUAAUUAUGCACAAUUCUAAAAUGCACUCAAAAUAAAAAAUUGGAAUUGCCCAUCUCAUAAUUUGCAUAAGAUGCUGUCUACUAAAUUAAUCUCUUUAUUGAAGGAUCCAUCACUUACUUACAAUCAUUAAACGAGUAUUUCGAUUAGAAUGUAAUAUUUUACAUGGACACUCUCUUUAUGGCAAUCUGUGAUAUCAUUAAGAAUCAUGUGUAGCAGUGUGAUAAUUUCAUGUUAUUGGCACAGUCUACCUUAAAUUUCAAUCACUUAGAAUUAUCCAUUUAGUACUAUAAGAAGAACAUAGAGAGUUUGUUGUAAGUGACUCAAACCAAGGAAAUGGAAUGCUAGAGUCAUUUCAAAAAUACAAGGUAUUUCUGUGAGGAGGCACUGCAAAAUGCCAUAAACUAAAAGGUAGUACUUCCCUAGAUAGAUUGGGCUCCCUCAGCUCCGAAUAAAGGACCUAAUGAUUAUUUUAUAAUGUUAAAUGGAUAUUAUGAAAGUAUUAUUGGCACAUUGCAAUUAAUGGUCCCAUAAUUCGUAGACUCCUCCAUCUAUCUUACAUUUAAAUACUUAAACAAGUUGAUUUGGAAGUAGUUAUUAGAAGCAAAGGCAUUCAAUAUAAUAGGUCUAUCAAAUUUGGAAGUUGAUUUGCAGAGUUUUCUUAAGGUGUGUAAUUAAUAGAUGUUUCCUGAAAGUGUGAAGGAGAUAACCUAAUUUCUGAAUCUGUUCCUGGUGGAUGUUCCGGCUUCCUAUUUGGACAAUCAUAAGAGAUAGACCAAUUACUCUUAUUUGGAAGUGCCAAAACUACUGAAAAUAUUCCCAAGAUAUAAGAAAGUGAUUUAUGGAAAAUUACCAGUAGUGAGAAAGAGAGAGGUGGAUGCUGUAAUUAAAAAAAUACAAGAAAAUUUAUAAGCAUUUUGA